AUGAUUAUUUCUUUUUCCGAGUGCGUCAUCUUCUUUACCGUGUUUAUCACCGAGUGUGUUGCUAUAGUAACGGUGAACCUCCUUUGCAUCAUUCUUUUCAUAAAGAACAAAAGCCUUCGUACUCGCAGCAUGUACUUGGUCAUGAGCUUAACUGUGGCCGACUUGUUGGUUGGAAGUCUUUCCCGGAGUGUUAAUCUGUUUUAUGGCCAAAACCGUUAUUUUCCCUUUGUAAAAUUUUAUUCAUUAUCUUGGGAAGUUAUCAUUGCAAUUGAUUUUCUUAUCUGUUUAUUUCCUCUUGUCUCCGUGACAAACAUUUCUGUGAUUUCUUUAGAGCGAUUUCACGCCACGUUUCGUCCGUUUAGGCAUCGGCUCAUCAAGAGAUGGGUCUACGUGGUAGCAAUUGCUGUUAUCUGGGUUUUUCCUAUCAUUACAUCAGUCAUUAUAGGGAUAGAAAGGUUUCUGAUGACACACCACCUUUACUUGUUGGAAUCACCCUGUUGUUUAUGUUUAAUGGCUACCUUUGUUUCUUACACGUCCAUUCUGUUUAAGUUUCGUUUUGGAGCUCAUCCUCAGCGCCAUUGUGCAGCUGCUUUAAGACAAAGAAAAGUGACUGUCACAUUGUUUAUAACAACUUUAUUAUCUUUACUGCUGUGGCUACCAUUUACUAUAUUCCUUUUUGUUGGGUUGUCAGAUGCGGAUAUUUUUAAUUCCCUUUCUACCCGAGAAUUUUUUCGUUUGGUUUGUUUAUUGAAUUUUUUGCAUUAUGCAAACUCCCUUGUAAAUCCCAUUUUAUACACAGUCAGGAUGCCAGACUUUAAGAAAGCUCUGCUCUCAUUGUUC